GUCAAUGCCUGCUUAACACCUGUAAAGAUGAAGCGCUUCAACGAUUGCUUGUCUUGCCAACGUGGUGGUUCAUUGAGUGAGGGUGGCGCCAUGGUGGGGCACUCAGGCAACAUAGCGUAUGCGAAUGAAAGAAUGGCAAGACUUUUGGUAGGCAGGCGUGUUCAGUUUCGGUCGGUUUGUUCCCUGGCUGGGCCUGAUACAACACAUACACAUACAUUCAGCCGAUGGAAACAGGCUGCAGGCGCGUCUGACACUGGUCAGCAGAUGCAAUUGUCAUGGCUGCAACAUGAAGCGAUAACCGAGGGAAUUUUAAAUGGUAUGCGAUGCGUAGCUGCGGCCCAGCUCUAGCGGCACUGAGCGGCAGUAAGCACGACGAAACCUUACUUGUGCGUCAAUCGGCGCGUCAACUCGGCGACUGCCGGCCGCGGCGCAAAACUGUUUGCGUUAAAUAAAUCGAUUGCUUAUAUUAUCCUUGCAAUGGCCAAGGCAGAGGACCCUGGGAGGUCAGCGGGCCUACAGUUUACUUUCCAAACUUCUGGUAAGGGCCCACACUGAGUUAUGGCGCCCCCGGCUUCUGCAGCCAAUUUAAUGGUGCCCUGUCUCCCAGUCUUACAGUCAACCUCUCUGUAUACUUUGCGAUUCAUAAAGACGAACAAACACUACGGUGCCAAAGCAUAAACAAGUUUGCAAGCGUCGCUGGUUAUUUGCACAGCUCCAGAUCCCCUUAGACGCUGUCAUCGGGGCGCCAUAGCGGCUGCUUGAGCCCAAUGGCGGACCCCUCGACGAAAGCAAAAGGCAUGCCGCGCGUUCGAUCGCGCGCGGACGUAAACGAUGCCAUCGAUGCCGUCAGCGAUGGGCAAAAAGGUCCCCAGAAGGUUUUCGAGCGCCUCAACGAGCGGCUUGGAAGGGUGGGUAUCUCCCUGCCUGGCGUGGAGGUCCGGUGGGAGAACCUGCGUGUUGAGGUCACGGCGCCGCCACACCAGAACAAGAACACGCCAGCUGCCACCACCAACGACAACGAGGCGGGCACCGGCGCGAUCAGCGGCAAGAAGCUUCUUCCGCCGCUGCCCCGCCGCCGCCGCGCCCGCCGCCAAGUGAUCCUUGACGCGGGCAGCGGCGUACUCCGGCCCGGCCGCAUGACCCUCCUCCUCGGUCCCCCUGGCGCCGGCCGCUCCACCCUCCUCAAGGCCCUCGCGGGGCAGCUCAUCCCGCCCAACACGCCCGCGGCGGUUGGCGGCCCCAAGUUUGGCGCCAGCUCGGCAGCCGCCACCGCCGACAACGGCGCUGGGCUUGUGCCCCUGCGCACGGCAGGCGGACUGAAGCAGUACGGCGCCAUACGGUACAACGGCCUGCCCAUGCAAGGAGGCAGCAACUGCGGCAACGGCAGCGGCAGCGGCAGCAGCAAGCCGGCGUUUGACGUGGCGCGCGUGGCGACGUAUGUGAGCCAGACCGAGAACCACCUGCCUGAGCUGACUGUGGCCGAGACUCUGACCUUCGCCGCGCAGUGCCAAGGCUCCGACCUGGCUCUACGCAUGCACGAGCUGCUUCGGGCCCGUGAGGCGGCCGCGGGGCUGUCGGGUGCGGAGGGCGAUGACGCGGAGCUGGCGCUGCUGCUGGAGCUGGCGCGCGGGCCUGACGCUCCGCUGCUCAUGUCGCAGCACACCGCGCGCAUGCUGGAGAUUGACCACGUGAUGGACACGGUGGUGGGCAACGAGCUGCUCAAGGGCAUCAGCGGCGGUCAGAAGCGGCGCGUCACGGCCGGCGAGAUGGUGGUGGGGCAAGCCCAGGUGUUGAUGCUGGACGAGAUCACCAACGGCCUGGACGCGGCGUCGGCGCUCACCAUCUGCAAGGCGCUGCGCAGCACCUGCGAGCAGGCCAACACCACCAUCGUGGCUACGCUGCUGCAGCCGUCGCCCGAGGUGGUGGCGUGCUUCCACGACGUCAUCCUGCUCAGCCAGGGCGUCAUCGCCUACCACGGCCCCACGGAGCGCCUGGCGCCCUUCCUGGGCUCGCUGGGCCUAGCCGCCAACGCCGAGGCGGGCCAGACCAUGGCGGACUUCGCGCAGGAGGUGCUGGCGAGCCCUGAGGACCAGGCCAAGUACCGACUGCCGCAGCCGCCGGCGCCCGCGCCGCAGCUGGCGUGGCAGGGCCUCAAGUGGAUCUCGCCACGCCGCAUGCGCCAGGCGUUUGCCCACAGCGAGGUGGGGCGGGAUAUGGCCAAGCAGCUGGCGAUGGAGCCCUACACACACGAGCUGCAGGACCUGGUGCUGCACACGCGGCCGCGCACGCUGGCGCAGCGCGCGGUCGUGUGGGGCGCGGUGCUGCGGCGUGAGACGACGCUGCUGCUGCGCAACCCCGCCUUCUUCAUGGCUGGACUACUGCAGAUCCUGCUGGCCGCCUUCCUGGUCUCCACGGGCUUCGUGAACCUGGACCGCACCAACUCGGACGGCGCCAACCUGACCAUGUCGGUCAUGUUCUUCUCGCUCAUGUCGCUCUUCUUCGGCGGCUUCAACUUCGCGCCCAUCUACUGCGCGCGGCUGCAAGUGUUCUUCAAGCAGCGCGACCACGGCUUCUACAGCCCGCUUGCCCACGCGGUGGCGUCGGUGCUGCUGCGCAUCCCGGAGACUCUGAUCAACUCAGUCGGAUUCGCGGUGAUGGUCUACUUCUCGGUGGGGCUCACCAUGGACGCCGGCAGGUUCUUCAUUUUCCUGCUGAAUCUGUUCGCAAUGGGCGUCCAGAGCGUCACCACCUUCCAGCUGCUGGGGGCGCUCACACGCAACGACGUGGCCACACAGGGCCUGGGCGGUGUGCUGCUCAUGAUCAACGUGCUGCUCUCCGGCUUCCCCAUCGCGCGCACCUCCAUCCCCGGCUGGUGGAUCUGGGGCUACUGGCUGUCGCCUAUGUCCUGGGGGCUGCGCUCCAUGCUCGUGUCCGAGAUGACCUCCGACGACUGGCCCCUGGCCGACCCCGCCGACCCCACCGGGCCCACCGUUGGCGAGUCUGGCAUGGCCAUGCGCGGCUUCCAGACGGAGUGGUACUGGGUGUGGGCCGGCAUCGGCUACGUGCUCGGCAUGGCGCUGCUGCAGCUGGCGGCGCAGGUGGUGGCACUCACCUACCUGGGACCCCUGCAGAACAAGACGGCCCCCGAGCACGAGGAGGACGAGGAGGACGCCCACCUGCAUACCGCCAACCCCUUCGUGGCAGCCGCCUCAGCACUGGGCCAGGCACUACACCGCGCCAGCGCCCGCCUGAGCGGCGUGUACGGCCACACCGCCGCCGCCGAGGGCCACUCGCAGUACGACGCUUCCCAGCACGAAAUUUCUCAGUACGACCCGUCGCAGUACUCCCACCCCAGCGGCGAGGACAAGGACAGCGAUGGCGGCGCCAGUGCCGGUGCCAACGGCCUGCCCUCUGGGGCCGCGAUCGAGCUCACCGAGCAGCAGAAGCAGCUGCAGCAGCUGCAGCAGCCCGGCCAGCAGAAGCCGGAGGGGCAGGGGCACGCGGUUGUGGUUGUCAGCGCGGGUGGCAGUAGCAGCAACAAUGCACACACGGGUGACGACGCGGCGGCGGCUGUGGGCGCGGACAUGUCCUUCAAGCCGGUGGUGAUGGCGUUCAAGGACGUGUCGUACUUCGUGCCCCACCCCGACAAGGCGCACCAGCAAGGCAAGGAGCUGCAGCUGCUGAACGGCGUGAGCGGUGUGUUCCGGCCCGGUGUGCUGACCUCCCUCAUGGGCGCCAGUGGCGCCGGCAAGACCACCCUGAUGGACGUGCUGGCGGGGCGCAAGACCGGCGGCCGGGCCGAGGGGCUGCAGCUGGUCAACGGCGCGCCCAAGCGCAUGUCCACGUUUGCACGUGUGAUGGGCUACGUGGAGCAGCUCGAUGUGCACAACCCACAGGCAACGGUGGAGGAGGCGCUGAUGUUCAGUGCAGCGCUGCGCGUGGAGCCUGCAGCCUUCGCCGCGGGCGUGGGUGGGGACGGUGGUAGUGCCGUUGACACCACCGCCGCGCGCAAGGCGUUUGUGCGGCGCAUGAUGGAUGUGGUGGAGCUUGGGCCGCUUGCGGGGCGGACCAUCGGCCUGGGGGGCGCGGGCGGCGGCCUGAGCACCGAGGCCCGCAAGCGGCUGACCAUUGCCGUGGAGCUGGUGGCCAACCCCUCGGUGGUCUUCAUGGACGAGCCCACUUCCGGCCUGGAUGCGCGCGCUGCGGGCGUGGUGAUGCGCGCGGUGCGCAACACGGUGGCCACCGGCCGCACGGUGGUGUGCACCAUCCACCAGCCCAACCGCGAGAUCAUGGACUACUUUGACGAGCUGCUGCUGCUGCGCCCCGGCGGCCGCACCAUCUUCUUCGGCGCCCUGGGCGCCCGCCAGCGCGACCUGGUGGCCUACCUGGGCAGCGUCACCCCCGGCAUCCCCGCCUACGAGCCGCACAUGAACCCAGCCAACUGGAUGCUGGAAGUCACCGCGCCCUCCGCCGCCACCGCACUGGGGGUGGACUUCGCAGAGCUAUGGCAGGCCAGCGAGCAGUGCAGGGCUGCCAACUCCCUCAUCGAGCACUACACCUCCGGCGCCGCCACCGCGCCCAAGGCCCUGACUGCCGCUGCCGACAUCGAGUCGGGCGCAGCUGCUGGCGCCCUCACCGUCGUGGGCGGUGACGCGGCGGCCGCCACCACUGGCGACAACGACGCCGCUACUGAGCCCCGCUUUGCGCGCUCGCCUCUUGCCCAGCUGGGCCUGGUGGUCCGGCGCAACCUGGUCAGCCAGCUGCGCAAUGUCGAGUACAACGGAAUGCGCUUCGCCACCGCCUUCGUGCUGGCCUGGGUGCUGGGAUCGCUCUACUGGGACCGUGGCACCAAGACUAACACGCUGGUGGGCGUGAUGGACGUGCUGGGAGUGCUGUUCGCCAGCUCGCUGUUCCUGCCGCUCAACAAUAUGUUGCUGGUGAUGCCGGUGGUUGCCGCCGACCGUGCGGUCUACUACCGCGAGAAGGCCAGCGGCAUGUACGGCGGAGCGGUGUUCGCGGCGGCGCAGGCGAUCGCCGAGCUGCCCUUCCUGUUCAUGCAGUCGGUGCUUUUCGUGGUCAUCGUCUACACCACCGUGCACUUUGAGUUCAACUCGGCAAAGGCGAUGUGGUUCUGGCUCUACAUGUGGCUCCAGACCAUGUUCUUCACGUUCUUCGGCAUCGCUUCCAUGAACCUGGCCCCGGUCAUGCCCACCGCCAUCGCCGGAUCCAGCGGUCUCAUCAUGCUGUGGAACCUGUUCUGCGGCUUCCUCAUCUCCCGCCCCAACAUGAAGCCCUGGUACCUGUGGGCCUAUUACGCCAACCCCCCCACGUGGACCAUCUACGGCACCGCCGUGUCGCAGCUGGGAGACCUGACCGACACCUUCAUCGAGCUGCCGGGCGGCGAGAGCAUGAGCGUGGCGGAAUACAUCAAGGGCGCCUUCAGCUACGAUUACGACAUGCGCGGAUGGAUCGUGCUGAUCAUGAUUGGGUUCAUCGUGGCGUGCCGCGCCGCCGCCUAUUACGGCCUCAUCCGGCUUAACUUCCAGAAGCGCUAAGAUUUUAUUGACAGGCAGGUGUUGUUUGCAACUUGUGCCAAGCGGCACGGGAGUAGCACGGCAUGCACUGACUGCGUCAAGUACCGGUACUUGCUACCGUCCGUGAACCUUACUGACUUGCAUGUGUGCAAAUGAGGGGGGGGUGACCCACGAGUAAUAAGGGUAAGAGAUUGGCAUGAGCGGCCCGCGAGUAAGAGAGUGUCAUUCUUUGAGACGUGUUUGCGAGAAAGUGAUGAUUGCGCAUAAGCGUGGGCGUGGUUAGUUGGUUGACCCGGAAGGAAACGGGUAGAUACGUAGGUACGAUUGUGUUAUUACACGAGGAAGCGACACGGUGUAGACGAUCCAAGCGCCCAAGUACGCGCGCAGGGCCCAUUGAGAAGGCAUGCAAGUUGUGCGCAUGGUUAUAUGCGUCAUUGAGCGACCAGGGCCUAUGGCCGUCAUGCUUAAGGAACCCGAUUCAAGAGUGAGUAUGGUAGUGCAUAGACGCACACAGCUGCACAUGCACAUGUAUGUAGUGGAGUGGAGGAAACGCACGCACUGGGAACGUUGGCGAAAGUAACGGAUGGCCCUCAUACACCACGGAGGCAUGUUGCACCCGUGGAGGGCACUGUAAUGUAUUGUGGUCCGCCUCCCUUCCUUCCUUCCCUGCCGCACACAGCGAGACACAAGUCCUCCUAUCACACACAGCCUUCAUGCUAGCCCGGCCUUAAGUCACGCAGAUCACGAGCCCCAUGCGCCGCCAAGCAUCAGCAGUGCGACACGCACACGCGC